AGCAGUUUCGUGUUAUGGCCAUCAGGACGAUAUGGAUUGCCGAUGCCUAAGACAGGAUGUCCAACGGCCAAUGGCUUUCAUUGGUCCACUGGAUACGUCUACCAGGACUUAGAGGAUAACUACAGCCAAACCAAAGCUUCCCCUGAAGCGCAUUUAGCGGGAUCGGUGUCGAAUGAUGUGCUGCAGUAUUUCUGUAUCAAAAGUGAAACGUUUACCUUCCUCAACAGACCCUCAUGGCCAGCGGGUGAAUACUGCAUAUAUCGGAAAGGGACGAGUUGUCCCGCGGGCAUGUAUAGCGGGUCACUGUUAUUAGAUAACGAAAACGCCAAUGGAACUAAUAAAAACUCACAUAACGGGUCACUCCCAGCAGGAGUUUACAACCAGGACACGAAGAUAUUCUUCUGCUGUCAGACAUCAGGAUCGUAUAAUGUAGCUAUUCAGUUGCCAGUUGAUAAACCUUUCUACCUAAUUGCGUUCAGACCAUAUUGUCAAGAAGUGCUGAACACGGUUCAUACAAUGGAGUUUAUCGUAUACGAUACAGAGGAUGAUAAUAAUCAUGACAAGAGAAUAUUUCCUUAUCCAUAUGGGGCUGAGCUGCAAGAGCCUCGAAUAAACUACUGUUACUAUCAAGGUAUGGGACACAACAUGAUUUUAUUUAAGAGUGUUACGAAGUGGCCAACAACUGAUUGA